AACCAUUAUACUUGUGUGCCGGCGUGAAAAGAGACACUGUUGCAAGCUAUGAGAGCGUGUUGGACAUUUGAUCGCUCUUCUCCCUCUUCCUCCUCGUCGUCGACGUCGCGAAGCGAGCGGGUCUGGUCAGUAGAGUCGGAGCUCGACGGGUCUGGCUAGAUGUUGAAGCACGAAGGAUGUCCAUUUAUACGCAUUAUUAAUCGCAGAUACCUUCAGUAAAAUGGAUUUGGAAGAGGAUUCACAGCAGGAGCAUCUGCUGAACAUCUAUGAUUCUUCUCCGACCAAUACUCAAAUUCUUUACAAGCUUCUGCUGGACGCUUUACGAUCCAAGGAUUUUCGUUCCUUCAGAAAUACUGUGGAACAUAGUUUGAAAAAACAGCCGCCUGCUUUAAACGUCAACUAUAUCUAUCCUAAUCAUUCAGAAGAGACAUGCCUUGACAUAGCCAGUACAAAUGGCUUAACGGAGUUUGUAGAGUUUUUAUUACAUAAAGGAGCGAAUCCUAACAGAGUGAAUGAGGCGCACAAUCGCGCUCCUAUUCAUUUCGCCACAGAAGGCGGACAUGUGGAUACGUUAGCAGCUCUAUUAGCAGAGCCGACGAUAAAUCCAAAUCUCGAGGCAGGACAACAGACCGCUCUACACAUUGCGGUAAGAAAGAAGGAUCUCAAAUGUGCUGAUCUACUGCUAGAAAGAGGCGCCAGCGCCAGCAUUCCUAAUAGCAAAGGUCUAACAGCCCUCCACUUGGCAGCGAUGAAAGGACAACGCGAUAUGGCAGAGUUGAUACUAAGCAAGUGUCGACAAUGUCCGGAUAUAGAUAGUUACAAGGACUACAACCGUCAGACGACGCGAGAGGUGAUUCAUCAGAAAUUGCCGGGAUUGUUAUUACCACCUAGGUCCGAAAAUCGAGAGACAAAUGUGCAUGAUCUCAAGUAUUACCUGAUUGCCAAUGACGAGAUGAAUUUUCUGAAGAGUUUGGAGCUCGUCAAAGUGGAGGUUCUUCACAAUGUAGUCGAGGACUUACUAGAAAUGGCCGCCCAACGUAAUUUUUACGAGGUCGUGGUGGGAAUUCUGGAAAAACUCAAGGGAAGUCUCUUCAGCGUAAAGAAAGCCGCGCACGUGGCUGUUGAGCGAGGUAAUCACGUUAUUCUUCAAGAAUUGCUGAACGUGGAGCCUGAAGUAGCCAACGAUCUGAUUCUGAAUGCCUGCCUGGAAUUGGGAAUGCCAGGAAAACAAGGAGUCAACAAUAUGUCCGAUCGGUUGCAGUGUCUGAAAUUAAUCCUGGAACAAGAAAACGUAGAUGUUCGCUGUACUGACAAUAAAGGCAAUACACCGCUACAUUACGCGGCUAGAGCAGGUUGCCGCGAAGCGGUGACUCUGCUUCUCGAACAAGGCAGUUACAUUGGUCACAUGAAUAAUUUUAACGUACCGCCUCUUGCCGAUAUUCCAAUAUGUACGUUGUCGCGUUACUUGGAUGACUGUCUACAAACACGAAAAGAGCGGACAAACGAAUACACUAUCGAAUUCAAUUAUCGCUGCCUAAUGCCGCACGACAAUCUCGCAAAACACGACAAGAAUCAUCGAACAACUUCUGAAAUGGAUGUGUUUAGAUACAUCGCUUGUAAUGGCGCUCUCAAACACUUACUAAAGCACCCGUUGCUCUCGUCCUUCCUUUUUCUCAAAUGGCAUAAAAUACGGCGUAUUUUAUACGCGAAUUUUGCCUUCUAUGUGAUCUUCUACUUCUUGCUGAACGCUUAUAUUCUGGGCAUGACUUAUGAUAAUUCCACGAGUAAAAAUGAAAAGCAGAUGGUCAACAACAACUCGAAUAAUACGACUCUGGAAAGUACCUUGCAAAUUGCCUGGUAUCAAAACAAUCUCUUAUGGGCUUUCACUACCGUACUGUUGUUGCUUUUUAUCUUCCGGGAAAUCCUUCAGUUCAUCUCCUGCCCUUGGCGUUAUUUAGAAAACUUAGGCAAUUGGCUAGAAAUUGCGUUGAUCGUGCUGUCUUUCGCCGUACUAUGCGGUGCAGGACCUCAGGUUGGCGCUAUAGUGAUCCUCUUGUCCGCGUGGAAAUUGGUGAUCCUAAUCAGCCAGCAUCCACGUAUGACUACCGGCAUCGAGAUGUUCCGAACAGUAUCCUUUAAUUUCGCGCGCUUCCUCUUCCCGUACGCAUUCCUCAUUCUCGCAUUCGCUCUGGCUUUUUACACGCUCUUUAAGGAUGGCGACGACACAAGCUUUUCCGAUCCUGGUCAUUCGUUUUUCAAGACUGUCAUCAUGCUUACCGGCGAGUUCGACGCCAAUGAUAUCCCAUUCGUCUCGCAUCCUGUUUGGAGUCACAUUGUUUUUGUAUUGUUCGUCUUCCUCAUCGCCAUCGUGUUGUUCAAUCUGCUCAAUGGUUUGGCGGUCAGUGAUACUGCCGAGAUCCUGUGCAAGGCUGAACUGGUCGGACUCAUUUCACGGAUUCAUUUGAUUUCGUACAUCGAGGAUGUGGCAAUCGGUAAAUCAUGCAGGCGUUCUUUGUGCUGCGAAAAUUUAUGCUCGCCAUGGAAUCCAUUCGAUUCUUUUGCCAGAAGAAUUCUUUUGUUUCCACAUUAUCUGAGAAACGGUACAAUCAGGAUCAAGCCAGACGACUACCUAGACGUAUGCAACAACGAUACGUAUUGUGAGAAAUAUGUUCGCAGCGAAUCCGUGAAUCGCGACAAACAUUGGGUCUCUUUGAAGAUGGAUCCUAAUAUAAUCAAACAGACUAAACAAAUUAUCUACAAGAAAAAUCAAUUAUCGGACAAUGAGAAGAUAAUAUUCGCGUUGAAUAAAUUGCAGGAGAAACUGACAGGGAUGGAACUCGUUUUAAAUACCGUCAAGCUCGCCGUUGAGAAUAAUAAUGUCGAUAAUACGGUAAAAUCUCAGGGAUAGUUACAAUAAGCGAAUGUGUAUGAAUCUAUUCUUCUUUAAGUUUUGUAUCCUCUAAAAAAGAAAAAAGAAAACUUAAUUUAUAAAAUAACACUCGCUCUGAGUGGUUUAUUUUAUUUUAUAUACCAACGUUAAAUACACUGUUAAAUAUAUGUUAAAUUUUAUUAUUAAAUUUUAAUAGACAUUGACUUACCCUAAGUUGCGUGUAAAUGUGCCAUUAAUAUAAUCGUAAUCGAGCGCUUAUACGCUAAAUAUUACACAAUGCGCAAAUAUAUAAAUAUAUUGUUGCAUGUUUUAUAACAAACGUUUAUC